AUGGCGGAACCGGGUGACUCGGUGCGGGUAGAUGACGUGGAAAACAGUAGCGAUGAUGAAGAAGAGGGUGAAGAAGAAAGCAGUACAGAAAUUGAUGAAAGUUCAGCUGAAGAGAGUAGCAGUGAAGAUGAUGAUGAGACGAAAAGUAGUGAUGAUGAUGGAGAUGAUAACACCAAUGUUUGGGAUUCCAUGGAUGAUGGAGCACAAACUGAAGAAGCAGUUGAAGCUUCACUACAGGCGGAUUACACAAAAGCUCUCAACUUUAUCAUAGAUGGUCGUAAGCAGAAAGCGCUUAUAAUAAUGGAAAGACUUCUUCAACAUCCAAUCCUUCAAAAGUUUGAAGUUAAUAUCAAUUUUUUCAACUGGGAUGAAGCUAGAAAAGAAGCUUGUGCAAAUCAUUCUCGUGUAUCAGCUAUGGCUCGACUGUUUUCAUCCUUGCACUUCAAUAUCGGUCGACUUCUAGACGACCCAAUAGACCACUUGUUGAGCGCAUUAACCGUAUAUCCAAAUGACGAAUAUUUAUGGAAAUAUGUAGGAGAAGAAUCCCUGAAAAUACGAGAUUGGUCUAUGGCAUUGUACGCAUUCGGAAACUGUUCAUCUGCUUGGAGUGUUAUUCGUGGGACUCUUAUCGCUUUAUAUAACGCCAACCUGUUUGAAGAUUGUCUCCUAAAAAUAAAAUCUGUAUUAGAGUACGACAAAACAUAUUUUAUGGGACGGGUUUUGAAACAAAUCAUUCGAGAAACGAAUUCUUAUUGGGAAAUGAAAUGUCGUCAAGUGUUCAACGAAGAUCCUAUUCUUAUGCAGGAUGAAGAUGCUGUGAAAAUAACAGAAAAGGAAAAAGAAUUGAUUCUAAAUGAAAUGAAAAAUACUGGGAAGUUUAUUGCUGGAGUUGAACCUGCAAUCAAACCAGUGGUGGUUGAUGUGGGCACUUGUUCGAACUUAGCAGAAAUAGGAAUUUAUUUAUGUGAUAUAUAUGACCGCAUCGAAUGUUUUUCCAGCUUCUCAAAACAGUCUAUUGUGCUAUGUGGUACGAACGUGUUGGAUGAAUUUGAUGAAGUUGCUCAUGAUGCAUCUGCUGACCUUAUAGACUGUGUUAACAUCGUUCAGGAUUUAAUUGAUAGGAUUGUAUCCGUAGAGGCUAUUCGGCCUGCUUCAAGCAUUCGAAAACGAUCAGAUUCCGGUUUGGACUGGAGGCGACGUUCCGUUCGUUUUCGCGCAGAAUUUAACAUUGAGGAAUCUGGCUCAGAAAAUGAAAAGAUUUUGAUUGCUUCACUACUAAAUUAUUCAUGUGCACAUGAAUCAUCGAUUGUUCCCCUUUUAUCGAUGAAGCCAUCCUCACUGACAGGCUUAUCUGCAAAAAGAGCUCCUUUACAUGUACUAAUGGAUGAUAGAGCAUCGUUGCGUAGAUGCGUGAUAUAUCUUGCAAGUAGGUUUAUGGACGGAAACGGACGAAUUUUUGAGAUUUUGGAACAGUUACUUCUUUGGUUCUCGAAGAACUGCUUUUGCAUUAUUAUCACGGACUACUUACGAGAGGUAAUUAUUGGUUGUUAUGGUCGAUGGAUUACUAAUUUUGGGAAUACUUCGAUGAUUUGUGGCGAUGAAUUCCUUUCUAUCCAUACCAUGUUAGCUGAACUAGGCUUCGAAAAAGCUGUAUUUGUUUGUUACUCUUCACUUCCUUCGUCUUUGGAACAAGAUUUACGCAUUCGAAUACUUUGGUCAAUUGCAUUGAAUAGUGCAAACACUUUCCCUUUUCAGAUUUGUAAAAAUCAUCUGUGGAUGUUAUUAUCUGAAUUAAAAUCUGGGUGCAGUUCUGAAGUCAAAUACCAGUCGCUGAUUAGUGGCCAUGAAUUAAUCAACUUAGAAACAGUUCAGGAUCUCAUUACCCAGAUGGAGCGUCAAGAAAAGCUUGAAGCUAUUCAGCGAUUGUUCGAUGGUCGUCACUUUGAUAGGGUGGUUGACAUUAUCAUCGACAACUUCAGUUGGAAAGAUGUUGAUCGUAGUGUUCUUCUUUCUACAGCGAUGAUCCUUAUUGAUUCAUAUCUUGAAUUAAACAACAUGGAUGGUGCAUCUGAAUGGAUUAGCAGAUUGCUGGAUUUUACUGGAGGACUUGCUGGAACUGAGGAAGUGGUUGCAAGGUUGAAACAACUUGCUAUAGAACAUAUUUGCUUAGAAAAUACUUCUAAUCUAGUCCAUUGCAUUGUUCAUCUUCUUGUUCUCAGCGGAUAUGAAUCUGACACUACUCUUUGGCUUUUACUUUAUCGUUGUGCUUACCAUUUGGAGGGAGAGCACACAGUGGAAACAUUAUCCGCACUAUAUGACGGUGGUUGUCAAAUGCUUACAUCUGCUUUGAAUAUCCUAGUCACUGCUCAUGAAGUGAUAGCUAAGCACAACAAAUGCUUCGUCGAUGACCAUAGUUUUCCAUUGUUUGUUUUAAAUGAAUUUUCGAAAAUUCGGGCUCAUCCUGCCGUCAUUGAAGUUCUUUCAACACGAGAAUGCAUCGAACAAAGUCGUGCUUUCAUAGAUGAAGUUCAUCAAUGUCUAUUUUGUCUAUACGCGUGCCCAUCAAGACGUAAAAGACAGCUGGAAGAACAUGGAGGCACACACAAUCAUGAGCCAAAUUUGAAGGAUAUUGAAAACGUUUUAUCGCUGCUCUUGCCUGACAAAAUACCUCCAUAUGAUGGCACUUGUUCUUUUGAUCUGAUUGAAUUCGUGCAAAAGAAAGCAUCUUCGUUUUUGGAGCCUACAGAGAAUGAAAAAGAAAAGCUGUUCGCAUUUGAUCGUUUCAUUGCGCAAGCAGAGGUUCACGCGGAUUGGCCUCGAAUUGCAGAAAGUUCUCAGCUUCGAUCAGGAGUUUUUUAUCAGCUAGCACUACAUUCCUAUCGCAAUCACAAAGUAGAUGAUGCUGUCUACUAUGCCAAAUUGUUUCUUCUUUAUGCUUCUGCUACACUACCUAAAGAAGUGGAUGAAGAUGAAAUGUCCUCGCACUUCGAUUGUAGUGUUUUUUCUUUUCGAAUGGCUCUUUUUUUUGAUCCGUCUGAUCGAUAUGUUAUAUUUAAUUUUGGUAGCGCUUUAUAUCAAAUCAAUUCUCGGAUUCGUCGAUACAGAGACAAGCUUUCUUUGGAUGAUAUUCGACAUCGAUGGGCAAACCGCCGAAUCAAAGGCCUCCUCGAAGAAAGUCGACGUCAAUUUGAGACCUGUCUAUCACGUUUGCCGGAUGGUGAUGUAGACAAAUGGCGAUGUCACUACUUCCUAGCGAAAAUUGCAGAAAAAUGCGGAGGCGCUCUUGAAGAUGUAUUCCAUCAUUAUCAUGAAUCAGCUCUUCAAUUACAAACUGCAGGAGUUCAGUAUCCGAGUAGAAUCAAUACCAAAAGGCAGGAGCAUGUGGAAGCAAUCGAGAUCCAUUAUCGUGCUUAUGCCUCUUUGCUGAAGUAUUUACUAGAAAGGGAAACAGACUGGGAUCGAGAGGACCUGAUGUUAAUGCACUCAUUUGCUUUGUGCUUUCGAAACCAUGGUGUUUGUAAACAAAAGGAUAAUGACGAAUUCUCACAGUGCCCACGAGUAAAAGCAGUUGUUAGCAAUCUUAUGUAUAGAUGCACGGAGCCAAUUGAUACUGUGCAACGAGUGCUCAAGGAUUUAAGAGAACGGACUGCCCUUAAAUUAGAGAUUCUGCAACUCUGUGAAGAAGCUUUCAACAUUUGUAUUCGUAGAUUUCCACACUUUAAAUCAUACUAUCGACUGUCGCAACUAGCUCUAUACAAAGGAGAUAUCCUGGAAGCUUCAAAUUAUUUAUUUGGUCGUUUCUUGAUCAAGAAAAGGGCAAACUUUAAUCCAGAUAACAUAUUCGAGAAUGUGAUAACGAUUUUCUGUAAAGAUAUUGACCGGGGAGAUGCACUUCAGUACCAUCUUGCUCGUAUCAGCGCUUUAGCAAUAUAUCUCUCUGCUUUAUUAGAUGAUUUCGAGGCUCUUGCAACCUUGAUUCAUACAUUCUGCACAUUGGAUUUUUGUAAUAAUACUGAUUAUUUGUUGAAACGAGAUCUGGUAGUGCUCUAUCGUAAUAGUUUGAGCAGAUUUUUCGAUUGCAUACAGCGGAAGAUAAAAAACAAUACAGUGGAGAGCCAACUUCUCUCUUCGGUUUAUGAUCUUUAUCAGUAUGCUGAAAGGAAUAAUGUACUACGCCUCUGCGAACGAAUUCGGCCAAUAAUUGUUUCAGCUACCGGAAAAUUUACUGGUUAUGAUGAGAAGAUUGAACCAAUGUUAUUUUGCAAGCAACUCUAUGCUGCUUCAAAGAGAAAGUUGGGCAAACGGAAACUGAGUAGCAGUUCAAUCAUUCAAUCGAAGUCGUUCCGCCUAUUCUCUAGUCCAAAUUCCAGCCUUACAUUUACAUAG